GGUGCUGACAACUCUUUGACCAGUCGGGAUGCCGUGACAACCCCUGAAUCGACCAUUAGCGUGGAGUCAAUCAGGACCAGCGAAGGAAGGUAAUGAAACAGUUAUCGGGACUCGGAUAUGACUUUGCUUUACACUCUCAAUUUUUGUUCGUCUAUUUUGGUUUGGUAAGUCACCAAACUUUGCUGUUCCUCAAAGCUUUUCGAACAAAACGGAAGAGAUGGGCUCCCGCUGUUACCCUAUAACCCACCACCUCCCCCACCUCUUUUUCCACUCUGCUCCCCCUCCACCCCCCCCCCCCCCNUUACACUCUCAAUUUUUGUUCGUCUAUUUUGGGUUGGUAAGUCACCAAACUUUGCUUUUCCUCAAAGCUUUUCGAACAAAACGGAAGAGAUGGGCCCCCGCUGUUACCCUAUAACCCACCCCCUCCCCCACCUCUUUUUCCACUCUGCCCCCCCUCCCCCCCCCCCCCCAAUUGCCGGUUUCUUAUUAUGCCAUUUUUAGUGAACCAUCGCAUUGGAGAACUUAAAAAAAGAAGGAACGCAACAAACACAGGUUCUCUCCUCGUUUGUUCUACUCAUUUCCUUUUUUUUGCGAACCUGAUUGCAGCCCGGUCUCUCCUCCUUAUUAUCAUUGACAUUUUUACCAGUACAUCAACUACAAACAACAUAUCUACACUAUUAUGUCUGUUUGUUUCAACAGUGUCGGCAAUUCAUUCUUCAGUUUUACAUCCAACAAAAUAUUAAAAAGCAUCCCAAUACCUGAAUGGCGUGUCGCAGACGUUUAGGCAGAGGCGUAGCGAGGGUGUUUGGCACCCGGUGACAAGAUUCGCGCCCGGGGACAAGAUCCAUUUUAAAACGCCCCUUUUCUUUUUUUCAACUCUCAAACACAUUAUUUUUACCAAGAAUAUAACAAAGCACAUCUUGGCGCCCCUAAAUAGCUUUCGCCCGGGGACAUCUGAACCCCCCUGCCCCCUCUCGCUACGCCUCUGCGUUUAGGUGUUCUUGUUUCCGGUACAGGUUUCACCAGAUUUUGAGUUUGAAUACUGCCGACUUCCUAACAUAACCAUCGACGUAUUACUGUUGAGUGUGUUCAUAUAUAUUCCAGCCAAUCCUCAAACUGCGACAGUGUCUCUGAACUAACCUUCCCAGAAUUCAAGCACAGCCACUCGGACAACAUGGGAUCACUCUCUGACGCAUCUGAUCAGCUCAUGGACAGAAGGUGAGGAAUGUGGCAUGUGACAUAACAUAGGUCUAAAACGUGCGGUGCUCUUUUCAUUUUAUAGAUAGACGUGUCAUAUUUGUGCCAGCCUGUCAAUUUUUGAGGCGCCUAUCAAAGUUUAUGUCACCCAUGUCAGUUUUUAGGUCACCCAAUACCUUUGUGUAUCACCCUGUCAAUGUGUGUGUGUCUCCGUAUAGUUUGUAGAACUUCAGUUCAUAAUUUGUACCCUAUGUCUAUUUUCUCCUUUCGAGUCCCAUCCCCCUUAUUUUACCCUCCCUUAUUUGGUCCUUCCUUCUUUAGGUCACCCUUUUUUAUUAUAGGUCCCCUUUAUUUCUUAUAGGUCCCCCUUCUUCCUUAUAGGUAUCCCUUCUUUCUUACAGGUUUCCAUUCUCUCUUUUAGGUCCCCCUUCUUUCUGUUCGUCCCCCUUCUUUCUUAUAGGUCCCCCUUCUUUCUGUUGGUCCCCCUUCUUUCUUUUAGGUCUCCCUUCUUUCUUUUAAGUUCCCCUUCUUUCUUUUAGGUCCCAUUUCCUUCUUUAGGAUACCCUUCUUUCUUUUAGGUCCCCAUUCUUUUGUUUAGGUCCGGCUUCUUUCUUUUAGGCCCCCUUCUCUCAUUUAGACUCUCUCUUUCUUUUAGGCCCUUUUUUCUUUUAGGCCCCCUUCUCUCAUUUAGACUCUCCUUUUAUUUUAGGCCCUUAUUUCUUUUGGGUCCCCUAUUUUGAGGUCCUCUUUCUUUGACCCAACUUCUAUGACAUCAUUUUGAGCCCAAAUUUGACCACCUUUUGUUUUCAUUUCUAAACUUUGACCCCUCUCCCACCUUUUUCUUUAACUCCUAUGUUUUAACCCCCAUUUCUUUGACCCCUUAUCUUUAACACUUUCCUUCUUUGACCCACUUCUUAUUUGACCCUAUUUCUACUUUGACCCCUUCCUUCUUUGACCCCUUUCUUUCUUUGACUCCUUUCCUUCUUUAGCCCCCUUUCAUUCUUUGACCCCAGUUCCUAUUGACCCCAUUAUUACUUUGACCCCAAUUCUAUUCCCCUUCCUUCUUUGAACAAUAACUUUUUUGACCCCCCGGCCUUCUUUAACCCCCCCCCCUCUUUCCAUGACUUCAUUUCCAUUAACCCCUUCUUUCUAAGACCCCCUUCUUUCUGUGACCCCCUUCUUUCUAUGGCCCCCUUCUUUCUAAGACCCCCUUCUUUCUAAGACAAGACCCCUUUCUUUCUAAGACCCCUUUCUUUCUAAGACCCCCUUCUUUCUAAGACCCCCUUCUUUCUAAGACCCCCUUCUUUCUAAGACCCCCUUCUUUCUAUGACCCCCUUCUUUCUAUGACCCCGUUCUUUCUAUGACCCCGUUCUUUCUAUGACCCCCGCUCUUUCUAUGACCCCCGUUCUUUCUAUGACCCCCUUUCUUUCUAUGAACCCCUUCUUUCUAGGAGCCCCCUUCUUUUUGUGACCCCUUUCUUUCUAUGACCUUCUUCUCCUGUGACCCCCUUCUUUCUAUGAGCCCCUUCUUUCCGCCUUCUUUCUUUGACCGACUUCUUUCUUUGACCCGCCUUCUUUCUUUGACCCGCCUUCUUUCUUUGACCCGCCUUCUUUCUGUGACCCACCAUCUAUCUUGGCUCUUAUACAUUUUGACUCUGAUCUUUUCAGCUCAACAUUGCCUCCUCAGUCCCCACCUCCUUCGUGGUGUCGGGCAGAACACGCCAGUAAGGAAAAACAAAGAAGGUAAACAUAGCAUAUGAAGUGUUCAUACUCAAAUUUGUUGAGAUUUUACCAUCAUCGGUGAAGAAGGGGGACAGGGUGGACAGCUGUCCUCGGGCGCCAGCUAGUUAGGGGCGCCGAGAUGUGCUUUGAAAUUAUUUUGAUGAAAAUAAUUGGUUUUCAGAGUUUGAAAAAAAAAGAAGGGGGCGCUUUAAAAUGAAUCUUGACCCCCCGGGCGCGAAUCUUGCCUUGGACGCCAAACACUUCAGCUACGCCUCUGCACUACAGUCAAUGUAGGGCCCUGGCGUGCCAAACCACAUCCUUCCAUUCGGUUCGAUCUAUCGCUUUCCGCCCGCAACUGGUGUAAGAACUACUCUGCGUUGUCAAUCCAUCUCAGUCUUUGUCCACCGGUGCGCCGUCUGCCCCUAGGUUUCCCGCCUGUCGAUCACUUUUGCUGCUCCACAACCCGGCCUCCUCUCAAGGUGUCCUGCCCAGCGUAAAUUGCUGCUACUGUGGCGGGGUCUUUUCGUUCAAUGGAUAUAUAUCUUGGUUUUUACGGAUUCUCCAUCCAUUAUCCAUCAUUGCCUAACACUUGGACCGUAUACUUUCGUGAGGAUUUUACUCUCAAGUGUUGAGUAGGUUCUCUGCUUUUCUGGUAAGGUAAAAAAAAAUAAAAAAUUAGGCUAUCACUUGCAUAAAUUACAACGUGUCUCACGGUAGUGUUAUGCCCAUAUGUUUAGGCCUGAUUAUAGCGACUACCCCUUGUCGCCCUUCUGUUUUCGCUUUGAUAUUGACGUCGCCGAGUUGAUGUGUUGUCAUUUCGCAUAUGGGACGUUAUAUAAUUGUUGUAAAUGUAAAUUAUUUGUAUUUUGGAGAAGUCAGUGGCGUAGCGAGGGUGUUUGGCGCCCGGGGACAUCUGUCACCCCUGCCCCCACCACGCUACGCCUCUGGGAGAAGUGCACCCUUUUCACUUGCUGUUCUGUAAUUAAAGAUAGUGUUGUUUUUUUUAUUGUUCAUUUGAUUUUUCUUUUUAAAUAGCAUUUAAAAAAAUUAAUAUUGUUUAUAUAGCUUUGGUAUCGUUUUCUUUACAUACCAUUUUUCUCAGUCCUGUUACGAGCCAAAUCUUAAAACAGAUGAAAUCUUCAAAACCAUAAAGGUAUAAGUAACGAGUAGUGUACAUUGCCUUUGUUCUCCUCGGGAGUUUUUUUUUUUUGGUGUGCUUCUUAGUAGUUUAGGUAUGUGCUGAAAUAAGAACGGUUGCCUGCUGUUAUCCUUGCUUUCAACUCCGUCAUCAUUUCAUUGUACUCAUUCAUAGUAGCCACUAGAUAUUUGAAGUAGUCUAGCCACAUUCUCAAAGGUGUGAUUGCAACAUGCUAAAAGUAUUGAAAAUGUAGUACGAUGGCAAGAGUAAAAACGAAACAAAACGUGGAACAAAAAAAUAACCUUAAAUCAGCGGUUCUCAACUUAUGGGUUGUGAUCCCUUUGGGGGGUCAAACGACCCCUUACAUAGGAGUCGCCUAAGACCAACGGAAAACACAUUUAUUAAGAAGCAAAGAAAAGGUUGAGACCCACUGCCUUAAAUGUUUACAAUUAUUUCAUUUUUUUCUGCUUAAAAAAAAAAAUAAAAAAUUUAGAUAACUUUUAAAAAGACAACUGAAUUCGCAAACCGCUUCUAUAGUUAUUCAGCCCGGAUACUAACAUAGCUCAGUGCAAUACGAAAUGCAGGUAUCCGCAAACACAAAAUCUAAAUUUUUAAAAAUAAAUUGAACAAAAUUAUUCGGGUAGGGGUGAUUUAGUGCAUUUAACUCAAGUACUUCGCCAUUACAAAGUUCGUUUUUGCCAAAAAUCACUUUUAUUUAUGUGUAGUAUUCUUGUGGGGGGAGGGGGGGCGGCAAAUUCAAUGCCCGCCCGUGUGGAACAAUGUCAAGCUACGCCACUGCUCACAUGCAUGUUUCUCAUUUCUUUUUUCUAAUGUGAUGUUGAACAUGAUUAGUAAGUCUCCUUGUAUGAUAGGGCCCUGUGUUAAUCGGCAGCUCCCUCUAGUACUCUCCCUGUAAUUUGAUUCUUCUCUUGGAGUUAGCCAUCGUCAAAUGUAUAAGCGGGUAAGUUUACAAGGGACACGUUUCAUUAGUGCAUCAUACAGAUGUUUGCUGUCUACGCUGUCAUAAGCUGCUUUGUUGUCCACGUAGUGUUGGUGUUUGUUGAUGAUGUGUUCAUGACAUUUCUCCAGGAGAUAUCUGACAAAGAUACGAUCUGCAAUGGUUGCUCUAUUCUGACGGAAUCCACUUUAAUAGUUCCCUAUAGGAUCUGUUCACUAAUAAACUUUCCACUAUUCUUGCUGUUCGUUUAGUGACGAAUGUGUAAGUUAUAAUAACAUUCAGUGAAGUAUCCCCUUGUAAACCAUGCACAGUAACAUCGCAAACCCUUCUGAAACAUAGGAGCCAGAAUGAUCAAUCUAUUGAUCGUGGGCCCUCAAAAUAUAGAAGAAGAAGGGGAUAAGUAGGGAGAUUCUUGUGUAAUUUGAGUGAUCCGGCUUCGAUUCUUUCUUGAGAAUUGGGAUUAUGAGCACAGUACCCCAUUCUCUUGGCAUGUCUUCCUCCUGCCAGAUUCUGGAUGUGAGGUCGUGUAUUUGCCUAUAUGUUCGUUUCCGCCUAGUUUGAUCAGUUCUGCAGUGAUAAGGUCUAUUGUUCAUGGUAAAGAUCACAUCUCUUAUUUCAUUCAGUGUUGGUUGGCUGACCAAUAGGUCCAAUACUCCCUGUCGUUAAUGGUAAUACUCAUUUUCUCCUUCAUGGGAGCCAUGUAGCAUCCUAUACUGCACUCGGUAAUCUUUGGUUUAUUGUGGAUGUUACAUAUUCGCAAGUCUAUUAGAUAUGCUCCGUCGUCAUUGGUCUUAACUUUCCUUUCCUACUGCUGGUCGGUAAGCAGAGUUCGUUUCCGAUUUUCGCGUUGAAAUCUCCAAGGACUAUUUCGGUAUCACGGCGUGGUGCCUCAUCAAAUAAUCUUUCAAGUUCAAGUGUCUCAUCAAAAGUUUCCACAAUGCUGUCAUCUGCAUCAUUCGUUGGAGAAUGCGCGCCAGUUAACGUUAUGUUAAACAUUAUAUUUCCUCUUUCACGUAUGGAGCUUAGUCUUUCACUCACUGGUUUGACCUCAAUGCCUGCAUCUACUGUCUCUCUUUUGACUGCUGUCCCUGUAUACCUAAGGUGUUUGUGUCGAUUCUGCGGUAGAGUAGUGUAUAUUCUUUAGUAUUUAGUAGAUCCGAGUCUUUCCAUAUUUUCUCUUGCAGUGCAGCCACAGUGUUUCUACUUUUUAUCAAUUCGUAAUUGAAGUGGUCCAGCGCCCCUGCUCUGUGUAGAUACAGAACAUUUCAGGUCGACAUCCAUUAAUAUUUUCCUUGUCCAGGCAUAUUUCGAAAUCCUAAAAUAUCGUUUUUUUCGUUGUUUUUUUUCGUUUGUGGUUCAGCAUUCGUAACAUUAGCAUUAUUUACACGACAGGACGGUCAACCCUGGGCACAACCGUCGGGUGUGUGGUGUCCCGCUACUGCUCUCAGGGUCGAUGCCUUUGUUUUGCGUCAGGUCAUGAACUUUUGUGUAUCCCUCCAUUUCAUACAAAGCAGUAGGUUCUGAUUUUGGUCCGCCCCAGGUAUUUUUUCUUGGGGAGGCGGUCGGUGGAAGAUCAGUUUCUCCGCAGGAGUUUAGAAUUUAACUAUCCAAAUUGUAUGAUUUCUUAGGAAUUCUUAAGAUUCCCCAAAGUGACUUGGCGAUAAAAUAAAAAAUAUAUCAGGAUCAAGAAGAUAUUUUAAGAUCAAUUAAAAGUGUUAAUUAAUGAAUAUUAAUGUUUGUACCAUUUACUUUGCAUGUAAAUUUCCUUGAAAUAUGCACUUUAAAUUGGGGUACGGCUGUAAUUUAAAAUAAGUAACCUGCGAUGAUUCAAAUUUAAAUCAAUUUUAUAAAAAUAAUAAAAUGUAUUGAAAAUUGUUGCACCGCCACAGUAAUUUUAAUUCCUUUCGUUUUAAAUUAAAAAAAAAAAAGAAAAUUAAUUUUAAAAUGUUUCGUUGUUUUGUUUUUUUUAACAUACAUUUUUGCAACUUUUAUCCAUGACUGCUUUGUUUUUCGUGUUGAUUUUCUGAAAGAUUAAAAAAAUAUUUUUUACUGAAUACCUUAAUCCCCUGUUUCCCACUUUGAUUUUUUAAAGGUGUGAGUGGGGGGUCUGGACAGUAUUAUUUGACACCCUCACAUGGGAGUGACACCAAUCGCAGAUUCGCAAACUCGACAGAGUUCGUUUGAGUCCGUUUCUUUAACAGAAAUCAGUUAAAUACAUGAGAAGGGUUUCACACAAAAAAAAAAUAUUACCACAACAUAUAUAGCAGGUUGCGAUCAGAACAGGAUGUUACCAGAGAUACGUGGGUACCAGAAGAGCAGGGUGCAACCAGAGGGGGGUCUCUGCCUGGGGGGAGGAGAGGGUUGACAAGAGUUUGUCACCCUGGGUGAAACCAUUUACUUAAUGCAGUUGUUAUUCUCCAACAACGUUAAGCUCCCAAAUGCAAAAUGUCUCGGCUAACAUUCCUCCAUUGAAAAUAAAUUUCAAUGUCCCAACUAGAGAGAGAAUAAAAGACAGUUGCGACCAGCUACGGGUUUUGUUACCCUACGUGAGAGGAAGGAAGACGGACAUGG